GACAGAAACAGGAGUUAACUGCAUCAAUGGCAAGAACUAAGCAAACCGCUCGUAAAUCCACCGGUGGCAAAGCCCCGAGGAAGCAGCUCGCUACCAAAGCCGCCCGUAAGAGCGCUCCGGCCACCGGCGGCGUCAAGAAGCCCCAUCGUUACAGGCCCGGGACCGUGGCUCUCCGAGAGAUCCGCCGUUAUCAGAAGUCCACCGAGCUGCUGAUCCGCAAACUGCCCUUCCAGCGGCUGGUCCGAGAAAUCGCUCAGGACUUCAAGACGGAUCUGCGCUUCCAGAGCUCCGCUGUCAUGGCCCUGCAGGAGGCCAGCGAGGCUUAUUUGGUCGGUCUGUUUGAGGACACCAACCUAGCUAUUGUAUUGAACAUGUCUGGAAGAGGCAAAGGCGGUAAAGGACUCGGAAAAGGAGGCGCCAAGCGUCACCGUAAAGUUCUGCGCGAUAACAUCCAGGGAAUCACCAAACCAGCCAUCCGUCGUCUCGCUCGCCGUGGCGGUGUCAAGCGCAUCUCCGGUCUGAUCUACGAGGAGACCCGCGGAGUGUUGAAGGUGUUUCUGGAGAACGUCAUCCGCGAUGCCGUCACCUACACCGAGCACGCCAAGAGAAAGACCGUGACCGCCAUGGAUGUUGUGUACGCGCUGAAGCGACAGGGACGCACUCUGUACGGCUUCGGAGGUUAAACUUCUGAAACCAGGAACAACUACACCAACCCAACGGCUCUUUUAAGAGCCACACACUCUUUCACAUAAAGAGUCGAUGAAAAUUAAUGCAUGCUUUGUUUUUAAUAUCUUGAUUAAACAUCACUCAUGAGUUUAUAAAUAA